AUGUUCAAGAACGAGAGUAACGUAGUCAUGAACAAGGCACAAAAGAGAUAUGAGGUGCUUUCAAAGAAGAAGAAGGAAAAGAAGUUGACCUCCAAAACACUUCCGGUGCGGGUUUCAUCCGAAAACUCUCCAAGCGAUUCUUCAUCAUCUUCGGAAUCACUACGAGCCAUUGCGACGGUGUCACGAUCAGGAAGUCCUGGAAGGUCCAUGAACCCCUCGAUCGAACACCAAGCGCUUGCUUUCUUUGCCGCCAACAACUUAUUGCAACCAGCUGUCGCUGGGCGAAGCAACUACCAAUGGCUCUUUCAGAUGCUGAGUGGACCAGAGAUUGAUGCGUCUCUGCAAAGCAGCGCGCAUGCUGCGAGCCUAGCAACACUUGCUACAGCAAACAAGUCACAGUCGCUGAUGAAUAAAGCUCAGGAGCAUUAUGCGCGUGCGCUGGCAUUGACUAAUGAAGCAUUGGGCGACUCAGUCAAGGUCUACGAAGACAGCACACUGGUGUCGGUUAUUCUCCUCGGAGUGUAUGAGAACUUCGUUUUCGAAAAGCACUCGUUGCGGGCAUGGAUGCAGCACCUUAAAGGCGCAGAAACUCUUUUCGCACUCCGUGGCGAAACCCAGUUCAGGAACGACCUCGCCAGGCAAAUCUUCGUGCAAUUCUACAGGCUCACUAUGACCAAAGGCGUUGAGCUUGGGACGCCUAUACCGAAAAAGAUUGCACGAUUGUAUAAAUUUCUAACUUCUCUGAAUGACUACACCAUGCACGGGGUGGAACACCAGGUUGAGGUAUUGGAGAAGGCAAUUGCGCUCAUGCAAGAUGAAGACGGCGAUCCCGUGUCCAGAGUGGCCGAUGUGUUGAAACUUGACGCUGAACUGGACCUCAUUAAGUUCAUGCUUCAGACUCUAUGGAGAUAUGAGACUGUGCAGUUGAAAAUGCCCGCAGAAAACGUCUUUGGAAACUUUUACCACAUCUACACGAAUCCUUGGGUCAUCAACAUGUGGAACAUCCUCAGAACAUGCCGAAUACGUCUCUUCAAGUUUGUGCGCACCCAGGUCAACAAGGGUCUGCAGUCUUCUCCCCCGCUCUUUUCAUACGAAGAGGCAUGUGCUCAUAUCAGCAAGUGCAAAGAUGUAAUCAGUUCACAGAUGCUGGAUAUAUGCGCAUCAACGCCUCAGCUCACGGGGCAGGUCGCUUUCCCGCACCAAGUCAAGCAAGAUCUCGACCUACUCAGAAAAGGCAUUGAGGCAGUAAACCUGCGCAAUAGAAUGUUUACAAUACAUCCUCAAGGAACCUUUUUGGAGCCUUUCAAAUCGACCGGACUGGACCAUCUGAUCGGGCCACUUUAUGAGAUUGGACGAAGUGAAUAUGGUCCACGACUGACACGAUGGGCUGUCGAUCAGCUCUACUUCAUGGCUCGAACAAUUGGGACAAGGCAAGCGAUAAUGCUAGCGGAGGAGCUGGAAGGGAAGCUGAAGGAUGAAUCUAAUUUCAUGGUCUGGAAUGAUCCCUGUCCGACAUCCGCGCAGCUGGCCGCGCUAGCGAAGUAA